AUGUACAGUAGACAUAAAGUAGACACAGAGACGUACGGUAGACAUAAAGCAGACACAGAGACGUACAGUAGACAUAAAGUAGACACAGAGAUGUAUGGUAGACAUAAAGCAGACACAGAGAUGUACAGUAGACAUAAAGUAGAAACAGAGAUGUACGGUAGACAUAAAGCAGACACAGAGACGUACAGUAGACAUAAAGUAGACACAGAGACGUACGGUAGACAUAAAGCAGACACAGAGACGUACAGUAGACAUAAAGUAGACACAGAGACGUACGGUAGACAUAAAGCAGACACAGAGAUGUACAGUAGACAUAAAGUAGAAACAGAGAUGUACGGUAGACAUAAAGCAGACAUAGAGACGUACAGUAGACAUAAAGUAGACACAGAGAUGGACAGUAGACAUAAAGCAGACACAGAGACAUACGGUAGACAUAAAGCAGACACAGAUGUACAGUAG